AAGGGUCUGCCUCCUGCAGCAACAGGUCCUGGAGCUGAAGGACAGCCUACCCCACCCUGGAUCACCAUGGCCCGGCAGAAGCGGCGAGGUUCCCCUGACCAGCCCGCCAACCAGGAAGACAGGCCGGGGGCCCGGGUCCUGAAGGCGGAAACAGGAAAGCAAGCCAAGGCACUCGAGAGAGUCCAGGAACCCAUGAAGCAGGCUGACUUUGUCCGCAGCAAGUCUUUUCUGAUGACCCCUGCUAAGCCUGCUGUGACCCAGAGACAGGGGGCAAAGCUCAGUCUCAAGGAGGGGCUGCAAAGAGGAAUCUCACUGUCCCAUCAAAACUUGGCAGCUCAGGCUGCAGCGAUGACAGAGAAGGAGUUGAAUCAGCUAAAGAGAGCAAGUUAUGCCAGUGCAGAUCAGCCAUCCUGGAUGGAACUUGCCAGAAAGAAAUCUCAAGCUUGGAGCGACAUGCCCCAAAUCAUAAAAUAGAUUGGCAGCAUGCUGAUGAAGAAUGUCCACUGUGUUGACUGACCACUAACUUUAAAACUGCCAAUAAAUCAUGGCAAACAGACUGUGAAACUUCAGAUUGAUUUUAUCACCAAGUUACUAUGACCUGGAGAAGAGGAAGGAACCAGGCAAAAUAAAGAGGACAAACAUACAGCUAUAAUCCUGGGCCACAAGGCCCCAGACAAGAACAACAUUGAAAAAGUCCAGGAACAGGUUCCUAUGCCCAGAGGUAUGAAUGUGAGCUUUUUAGAAUUCCCUUGGUAAUGAGCCUGAGAAGAGGCAGCAAGCAGAAAGGAAAUGGGGAUGCGUAAAUCGGUCACCCUGCAAGACCAGAACAGAAGCCAUCCCAGGAGCUCCGGUGUCUGCCACUUGCAGUCAGCCCAGGUCUUUGACCACUGUCUUGACAUGGACCCUAUCUUCUCCUUUUGUGUUUACCACUAAGGCAUGACAUUUAUGGUAAAACAGGGACACCAUUUCCAGAGCAGCUAUAAAGCAAUCAGAUUUCCUAAAGGUAGCUGCUUUGAGGAGGAGAGGAAGGAAAAUAGCAGAGUUCAUCAAUUCAUAGACUGUUUCCAAAAAUAAUUUUUAAACUUUUCCACUAGGCAUCUGUGUCCUUAACCAUUCCACAAUGCAUUGCCUGUUUAAUAAAAGGUUUCAGACAU